GUUUUGGCACUUCUCUUUAUUGACCUAGAAUGAAAAUAAGGGCUCCUUAGAGUGAUUAGAUGCUUAAGCUUAACUAGAUCCAAAGAAAAUAGUAAUGGGGGGUCUUAUUGUUCUUUCAAUAAAUUUUUCUUCUUUGUGAGAUCUGAACAGAUAACAGGACCACUGCCCUAAUAAGUUUCCACUUCUUUAGUUCAAGAUCUGUUCUAUCAAUCUUUUUCCAGGUUUUCUUAGUUAUAUGAGUCUUUCCGAGUAGUUUAAUGUUGAUUGUUCCUUUGAUGUUUUACGUUUUUUAAGAAGCGCAAUGUUACAAGUGUUGCACAUGAAUCAAUGGGCUUAGACACAGAACUAGACUUUGAAAAGUAUUGCAAAGUAGUCGAGGUCCCAAAACAUGGUGGUCCUUCACGCCGCCGUAAAGGGAGAAAUGUAGAUAACAGGGAUGAGAGAGGAAAACCCACUGCGAGAAGCUCCCUCUCGCGACUGGGUGGAAACUUAUCGGAUAUCAGCUUUAAUAAAUCCUUGAGUUCUUCCUGCAAGGUCAAGUCCUCUGGGGCUUCUAUGUUAUCAGGUAAUGAAGCAUCUAAGAGGGGUUCGGUAUAUCAAAGCUCAACAGAAGUACGGAGAUUGAAAAAUAUGGGAUCUGUUCAAGUAAGAGAGAAGAUAGAACUGUCAUGUAGAAAUGAUACCACAUCAUCUUUUAAGAUCAUCGAAUCUUUGACUCACCCAAAUGAGGAGGCCAAAUCACCCGUGGAGGAGAAAUCAUCUCCAGUUUCUUGCUACAAUCGGGAUUCAAAUCCAAAUUCCAUGACAGUUACUAAGCCAAACAAUAUCAGCAGUCUUCAGCCUGGCCUACUUUGUGUUUCGGCUGGAGAUGUCUCAUCAGAUGGCUUUUGUGAAACCCUUAUGGACUCGGACGACAGAAAACAUAUCUCGGGAGCUGAGAGUGCAAUAAGAGGCUCAACAGACAGAAAGAGCUUCAAAUGCGGGCGGACAGCGGAUCCUCUUAAAGAUGGUAAAAGUUCAUUGGAAAAUAAUACGGUAUUCAGUUUGCACAAAUCAUCGUCUGAAAAAUUAGGAAUGCCUUACUAUUCUUCUACUAAUAGACUUGAAAGUGAUCGGUGCUCUAAAGCUGACCCUAAAGCUCGUUUCAGCCAUUUUAGACGGAUGUUAGAUCCUUUCAUGAAAUCUAAAUCGUUGAGAAGUCCAUCAGUAUAUGUACCACACGCAAGUGAAGAAGUAUCCACCAUUAAGAGGAGUAAGACAAUUUGCAAAUCUUUAUUGAGUGACUUCUCAAACACAGCUCAUGAGUUAGAAACUAGUUCCUUGUUCGUCGACCAUUGUAUGGGCACAGCUUAUUCUUCACCUGCACACCUUCAUGGCCAGCUUAAGUUGGAACAUAAACACGGGAUCCCAUUUUUUGAGUUCUCGUUGAAGGAUCCUGAAGAAGAUGUCCUAGCAGCCAAGCCACGGAGGGCGGACAGUACUUCCAAUUGGGUUUAUACAUUUCAUUCUGUAAACAAUUGUAAAAGGAAGAGCAGUAAUAGAAGUCCAUGGGGUGCGAAGGAGAGGCAGAAAGAUGACUCAGUGGUUGGGCAGAUGCAAGCCUCCAGUUAUUUGUGUUCAGAUCUCAGAGAAAAUGGAGAUUUGGAUAAUUCGAUGAUGUCAGAAUUUGUGUUGUAUGAUAUAGCACAUGCAAGGAAAAUCUCUCGAUGCUGUUCUUCCACUGACAGCAGUAAACCACCAGCAGAAGUGGCCAAGGGUAGUGGCACUACUUGUAAGACGCGGAGCAUGGUUGUGGACAACCAUCCUGAUAUGUCGGAGGAGGUACUGGCACCUCACGAGGAUCCAUUGAAUCACAGACAUGAAAUUAGACACUCAUCUGGCAGUGUCAGUGAUUCUGGUAACCCACUGACUUACCCUUGGGCACUUGGUGAUUUGCUUCCAAACCUUGAAAUUGCAGGAAUUGUAAUACAAGUUCCAUUUGAAAAGAGAGAGAGCUUGAAGGGGGGCAAACAAGAUGAUAUUGCUUGUGUGGGUUAUAGCCGAAACUCGUUGGUUUUCCCAGGAGUAAAUAACAGAAGUAACGAGAGCUUAGCUCCGAGUACAAGAAGAAGAAGCUUGGCAAAUGUGACGGUGGUAACACCAUCUGGGACUCACGGUUUACCUUCUAGUGAAAAAGGCGGGGCUGGCCCGUCACCGUUGCUAGACCGAUGGAGAUCAAGUGGAGGUUGUGAUUGUGGCGGUUGGGACAUGGCAUGUCCACUUCUUGUUUUAGACAGCGCGAGAGUUCAAAACAUUGCAGGUGGUAGUGGUCUUCGAUUGAUGGACGAUAAAUGGCCUUUAGAGCUUUUUGUUCAGAAAUCUAAAGAGAAAAUUCCAGCAUUGACAAUAAAAGCUAUUAAUGAUGGGCAGUAUGCUGUUGAUUUUCAUGCCCAGUUGUCCAAGUUGCAAGCUUUCUCUAUUUGUGUUGCCAUCUUGCAUAGUUCUGAUGUGUCUACUACUGAAGUAUUUGGAUAUGAGAAGGAUGCGAAACAAAGGUUGCAUUGCAAUUCGCUGAAGGUGUUACUUGAGGAGGAAGUGAGGUUCCUAAUUGAAGCAGUUGCAGAAGGGGGGAAAAGGAAAAUAACAAAGACAAAGGAAGAACAUCCUCCGUCUUUCUUACUCAAUCCACCCUUUUCUCCGAUCGGUAGAGUAUAAAAAGAUAAAACCGUCACAGCUAUAACAUUGAUUUGCUAAUUGGACUACAGAAGAGAAAACAGCAAAUGUAGAUUGAGUUAAGAUCAGUAGUUAGACUACUUGUUACUCCAACCUCCCACCUUGAGAUUUCUGAACGGUCGGCUAGAUGCAGUCAAAACCAAUUGUGCAGUAAUUAAUAAAGAUUAAAGAUCGUAGCACUGGUACUGCCUGCAUGAGUAUCAUUCUUCGGCUAAAAUUCUUUGUAAUACCCUUUCUUUCCAUCAUGAUUUUGUCAGCAACCUUGUCCAUAUUUUCUUUUAAAUACACCCACGGGUAAUUAUGAUCUUGUACUGUUGUAAGAACCUGAGUGUACCAUUUUUUUGCGGAUUGUAUCAUUGAAAUUAAGCAGAAAUACAGGAUUAUUAAUUA